UGUUGAACAGCCAUUGAAUGUAGUUUCUCUACAUCUUUGUUCGGCUCUUGGGUAAGCAACAGGAAAGGAGACCUGGUGAUUACAAAUGAUACAUUAACGGGAUUCGAACCCUACGGCGUAGAGUGUAACGCGACAGAAUGUUCACACUUACCCACUGAGUUCAAAUGUUUCCUGAAAUCGGGCACCAAGUAUUUAAUCAGGUCUUUAAGGACUUCUUUAAGUUCGAACACUGUGAGAAUCUAUGUUUGUAUGGACUUUACAAAGAUAUCUAAGUAUAAAGUCAUCUACCAUCAGGCCCAUCCAACUAAAGAUCCAUUUCUCCAAGACUACCUGACUUAUCUUAACGCUGCCCAGUCAGUGGACUCUAUUCAAGACGUGUGUGAGUUCAACGCCACCUACGAUGCGGCCCUGCACAGUGUUCUAGUUUCUAAAGAAAAAAUGUUGGAAGCCUCAGAAAAAUGUCCAGAAGUCUUUCACUCCAUCAACAGAGUUGACUCUGUCACGUGUCCUUACCAAAUGACGUCAUGUGAUCACGAGACGUUCAUUCAGAUAACUGAAGACUACUGUGACACCAAGUCAAUGCACAGCGAAAGUGGUCAGUUAAGUUGUAUCUACGACGUAGCCUCAGGUUCUGACCAUUACUUGACGUUACUAAACAUGGACAAGGCAGUGGACAAUAACUACACAUUUCUUUUUACCUGUAUUGCAUAUCGUCUAGUCAAUCAAAAGACUUGGUUCUUGUCUGACUCUCCAAUGGCUUGUCAGCCAGGACAGAUGACAGAUGAAACACAGUCACUCUAUAAUGUGUCCAUUAUAGAUUCAUGUCCCCUGGCAGCGGAGCAGACGUGGAUCAUCGCUCUUGCGGUUGUCAUUGUCGCCAUCGUCCUCGCCACUGGUCUCUUCCUGAUCGUCUGGUUCCUGUGCGGUGGGCGUGACCGUUGUCUGGGUCAUCGUGACAAACCCAGUUUGACCUUGACCGAGGCCAAGAAGCAAUUAUAUGGGCGGAAGUGGAGUUCAGCUGGAAGCUCGCGCGGAGGUGAAGGUCAUUACAACAUUUCUUUCGAGGACGUCUUCUCGACUCAAAAAGAUGGACGAACUCAAGGUCAGUGUUAUGAAGGUCAACGGCAGAGGCGGAGUCCUGGAAAGAGUAGGCGAGGUUUCUUUGGAAAUGACGGUGAAGCUGACACUUCUGAGCUCACAGAAGACACCGAAGGUAUCACCCAUGACGGCAGAUCCACUGCUGAGACUCAAGCUCUAGAAUAUGAGCAGUUUACUCAAGAUUUAAAUGAACUGAAGUGCAGCGGAGAAAGCAAUGGACUUCAGAGAGAAUCAACAUUAAUCUCUUUACCUCAAGACAAAACUGUUGGCGUCCUUAGUGAUGAUGGCUUCCACGAAGAUGUUGAUGGGGAAGUGGAUACAUCGACAGAAAACAUGGAUAAAAACAAAAUUCACGCCACACCACAGGAACACGCACAAAACCACCGGAAGUCACGUAGAAAGGGAGAUGAUCAAGAUAUGGUUAAUUCUGAAACCUCUGAAAUCGAUAUGUCCAUUAGUCAAGAUGUAACGUGGUCCGCCGCAAAACACCGCAAUGUUCUGGGUGUUUCCAAGAAUGCUGGUUACAUUAGAAAACACAGGAAAUACCCUGGGAGGACUUUACUGACAUCACUAAGCGGGCAGACGUUACGUCAUCAUGCUCACGGGCAUAACAAAACUCUGGUCACUGGUCUUCAUGGACUCGAGCUUCAGGACACUCCUUUCUACUCGGAGUAUCAUGACUACACCACAUUGCGGUCACAGAUGGUUAGAGAUGGAUUCUGGGAUGACCAAAAUGAUUACUUCAGUUCACUGAAUCGACUCAAUGAGCGUGACCAUAGUCUAUCAAAUAUUGCUGAUAUUGGUGUUGUCCAGACUAGUGCCAAGGAACAGACUAGUGGAGCAGACGUCACGUCUUGUCAAACAGAAAAUAAAACAAAUGUGGCUAGUUCCGGGAGAAUCACUUCCAAGAGCAUACAGACCUUGACUGGCGUAAACUCUGAAGACAAUAAUAUGCAGCUAGAUGAAAAACAAACCGAAAACUUACAACAAUUUUCAAGCGAAGGAAAAUACGAACAGGCGGUCAACCCAGCAUCUCAAAAUCAUGACUUAUUAUCAAAGCUGUAUUCAAAACUGCAAGACUUUGACGACUCAAAAGAUGAGGAGUGCGGACAAGGCAGUCAAACUUAUGAAACUAAAAUACCAAAGGAUCGAAGAGAAAUGUCUUCAGCACUGAGGCGUCUUUUGUCCACGAGAUUAGCUUUGGAGUCUGUAGGAUCAGAGAAAUACAAGUUUGAUGUAAUCAAAUCUUCGAACUAUGAUGCUACGCCGAGGUCUCUUAAUCCUUUUGAAGAUUUCAUAUCACAAAAGUUUGCUUUAAAAUUCAGGUCUCACCUGAAGCGAAGCUCUCAAGUUCAAACGAUGGCCAGCAGAAAAGGAACAAAGGAUGGAAUUAUACGACCACUUCCACUCCAAGAAACUUCUAAGAAAAACGCGAUUUCGGACCCAACUUGUCAAGUGGACAGGGGUAGUUUCGGGUGGACAUACAAUCUACUGAAGCAGCCCCAUUUUACACCUGGUCUGUCCACCAUUGCCAGUGACAGGCCAGCUCCUCAGUUGAAAAAGUGGGAAAUGCAAGAUCUGAAUUUGCGGAAACUGCUGGAAGAGCUGUAUACUGAGUACAAAUUUAUGACUCGAGUGAUUCAAUCAACGACAGACUCCGACAAAACUGAAGCAGAAGUGUGCAACAAGCUGGAAGAAGGGCGCGAAUAUUUGUUGCAGAGGGCUCUCUUCUGGUUGGAGAGAUCGUCGUCUGCUGACUCGAUAGAGAGCAGAUCUCUUGCUGGCAGAAUACACAAACAGCUGGACACCCUUGCCACCACUUUGCAGCCUGACCAGCACAAGAAAUCUGGCCCAAGCUAAAAAUAACUGCAAGAAAGACUAUCGUAUUUAUGCUUAACAAUCUGUCUUUGCAUAUAAUUUCAUAAUUUUUUAACUCACAGAUACUGUGUAAUAAUCAAAAGAAAUAAAGAAUAAUUGCAUUCAUUGACGUAACUAGGGGGAGCUGGAGUUGCGGGCCAUGCCGGGUGACUUCCAAAAUGGGGUGAUACCCAAGUGGGAAAGAUUCACCUUAGCAACAGCAGACAUUUAAAAAAAAAUGUGUUAGGGGCGAAAUACCAUUAUGCGAUGAUGUACACUGGAUAUACAGUUCAAUAUUAAUUAUAAUGUUUUCUGCUUUAAACAAUUUUGGUUGAAACUCCAUCGCAAUGUCCAAAGCAUUACACUAUAAUUUAUAUCACCAGCACAACGUUAAGCUGCACUCUCAUUUAAGUAUCAGCUUUCGUUGUAUGGAAAUAAACAUAUCUCCACACUUCGAAAAUGUUUCAUCAAAGCUAUGAAAAGCACGGUUUUAUUAGGAGGCCAACCGAUAAUCCGUGUUUAUCAAAUGACGACAGUCCUCUGCAAUCAAGCAUUCCCAAAAUAUAAUAAGGCAUUUAUAGUACCGGUAUAUUCAUUAACAUUUUGAAAACUGGAAAUUGAUUAACGAGUUUUAAGAUUUUAAAAGGGACUGAGAAGUGGAUUUCUCAAUGUCAGAAAAAAAAUUGCCGAACCCCCUAUUCAAGAAAGAAUCAGGUCGGCGUCUAAGUUUAUUGAUAUUUUUUGGCUCAUCUUCUACCUAGAGUAGGUGAUGUCAUUUAAUAGUCAAUAAUUGGAAGCAGACUUCCCAGUAAAUAAAUUUGAUUUAGUAGCGAUAAAGUUGUGUUGAUGUUCAAUUCAAAACAGGUCGCUGCAUAUAAUGAUUCACAAAAGUUUGGAAUUUGAAUUGAUAAGAUAUCUAUAGCCAGACAAAAAAACUGUACACUUGAAUUUUGUAUUAUUCAUUGGGACUCGAAAGAAUCUCUGCUAAUUUUUUCACUACGCCUAUAACUGUCUCAUGCCAUCUGCGUGUCCGUGAGGUCAUGUGAAAUGCACUUUUAAAAAUAAUUAAGAACUAUUUGACAUUAACAAAGUAACAAACACCAGACUGUCAUAUCUAGCAAUUCUGUCCUUUAUGUUUGCUGUACAGAGAAUUAUUUCUUUGAUGAAGUUAUUAAUAAGAUGCACAGUUAAAAAUUCAGUAGAGGAACAUUGGAAUUUAAAGUUUUGUUCGUUCUUGAACGCGUUAAAAUGUUUAUACAUAGUUUGAUUAGCUUUUGCACUUUGUGGAGCAUUUUACGAAAGUUUUCACUGUUCAUUUUUCGAUACUAAGGUAACAGUAUAAUGUAGAACAGUGCCCAUGGGAAGAUUUUCAACGCCCAUAAUAAUGUAAAGACUGUUUUUAAUAGUUAUUUUUAAAUAAGUUAAACUCACCGGGUGAGACAUAAGAAAGGAGGGACGCCACAACUUGUAUUAGUGCCCUUUAAAAGCAUACAGGGAGGAUAUGGUGCUGGAUGAGACGAUACAAUUUACUCUCUAUCUCUCUCUUUCUCUCUCUCUUUCUCUAUUUCUUUCUUUCUAUCUCUCUUUCUCUCUCUCUGUCUCUCUUACUCUUUAUCUAUCUCUUUCUUUCUUUCUUUAUCUCAUUUCUCUCUCUCUCUCGCUAUCUCUCACUCUUUCUCUUUCUCUCUUUCUUUCUCUUUUUCUCUCUCUCUUUCUCUCUCUCACUCUUUCUCUUUUUUUUCUCUCUCUUUCUUUCUCUCUUUCUCUCUCUCUCUAUCUAUCUCUUUUCUUUCACUCUUUCUCUCUUUCUCGUUCUUUCUUUCUUCAUUUCUAUCUCUUUCUUUCUUUCUCUCUCUCUCUCUCUUCUUUCACUAUUUCUCUCUUUCUUUCUCUCUCUCUCUCUUUCUCUCUCUCUCUAUCUCACUCUUUCACUCUUUCUCUCUCUUUCUUUCUCUCUGUCUUUCUUUCUUUCUCUCUCUCUUUCUCUCUCAUUAUAUCUCACUCUUUCUCUCACCCUUUAUCUCUUUCUCUUUCUCUCUCUUUCUUUCUCUCUCUUUCUUUCUCUCUCUUUCUCUCUCUAUCUCUCUCUCUAUCUCACUCUUUCUCUUUCUUUCCUUCUCUCUCUCUCUAUCUCUAUCUCACUCUUUCACUCUCUUUCUUUCUUUCUCUCUCUCUCUAUCUCACUCUUUCACUCUUUCUCUCUAUUUCUUUCUCUCUCUCUAUCUCACUCUUUCUCUCACUCUUUCUCCCUCUCUUUCUCCCUCUCUUUCUUUCUCUCUCUCUCUUUUUCUCUCUUCCACUUCACCCACUUAUUUUCUAUCUUAUACACGUCACUUCUCUCUUGAACAGAAUUACAAGUGUGCACCAAUUCUUCAAUGUCUAGGACAACACAGGAAUUAAUUUAAAAAAAACACGUUAUUUAGUCGUAAUUUAUUAAUUAGUUAAAAACUGUUCACUUACAUUAGACUACAAAACCUUUUUUUUAAAUAAGUAAUUGAACAGCUUAGUGGCUAACGUCGGCUUUCAAUUAUGACGUCUAGAGAUCUCGAGUUAGAAUUCACACUCGAGUAAUUUUAGUUAUUGCUGUUAAAACGUCACCAUGAAAACCUUCACCCUGAUACCUCUUUCCCACCCCUUUUCACAACUGGUCCACAAAAAUGAUAAAACUCAAAGUGCAUUCAACUUUCAAUAGCAAAGACAAACAGACACUUAACUCUUAUGCCCCCUGGCAAUCAUAUCAUUAAAUCGAUAGUAUCUAAUAAAGAACUUUCACAUGUAAAUUAUUAGUGAGGUUUUUGUGAUGUAUAUUUAUAUCUUGAAAGAUAUCUUAUAUGCUGAGCUUGUGGAAGGAGUCAGACCCAAGGGCCGCCCAAGACUAACAUAUUGAGAUGUCUGCAAGCGAGACAUGAUAGCCACAGGCAUCAGCGAAAGUAUGUGGGAAAACAUAGCCAAGGACCGGAGUGCAUGGAGACAGACUGUGCGUGCUGGGACAACCCUCGCUAAGAACAAAAGAAUUGGGAAAAAAAGAAAGCUGCCCUGUCCGAUAGCCCUGAAUCAGAGGCAUACACAUGCAUGAAUUGUGGCAAAGUCUGCGCACUAGAAUUGGCUUGAUUAGCCACACCAGAUUCUACCCCGUCUCAAGAUUAAACCAAAACCAGUGACUUUCGAGACUAAAGGAGCCAUAUAUAUAGUCAUAAUGUUUUGUUUCGUGUAAUGCACGAAUUGUAAGACAAAUUUCCUUAUGGAUAAUAUACAUUAUUAUUAUUGUUGUAACCCUAUGUCACAGAUUACAUUAUAGAAUUGUGUGUACAUUUCACAUUUGGAAGAAAUAUAAGCCCUCGACAUGAGCCUCGGGAUUUACCCCUCAAAUUUAGACACUUGACAGCACGUCAGGAUUUACCCAAGGGACGUGAUUAGUAUGUUUGAAAUCUAUUGGUUGAUUUGAAAUUAAACAAAGACAUUUUUUUAAAAGAGUUAGCGGGGAGUAAGAAAGUAACGCCAGUCGAUAAAAUAAUGUCCUUGUAGACAGUCACGUUUCUAAGAGCUCUGUUUGAAAAGCCUUUGUAAUAUGUUUCAUGCUCAUUGAUUUGUAAUUUGUACAUAAACAGUACUUACGUUGUAUUUGAAUAAAGUUCCAGAGUUUUGUUUUAUCAAAGAAUCGUUAAUUGUGAUUCUAGAUCGUCAUUUUUUGUUAACUAUUGAAUUCAAGUAAAAUCCCCGGCAUAACAACA